AACAAGUUAACUAGCUCAGUCUGCAAUAGUCUUUUAAGUAUGGCGUUCAAGCAUCAGUUGUAAUCAUGUUGCUGAGCAGAAAACUUCAUCUUCUACAAUUGUUAUUCUUCAAUUUUCUUGUUACAAUCAACGCACAUUCGGAUGGUCGUAUGCUCAUUUUCCCGCCGACGUCUCCCACUCGUCAUCAGUUGAUUUCCGGUAUCGGUAUACCCCUGGGAACUCCCGAGUCCGUAACGUCCGGAUGGGUUUUCAAGGCGCAGUACUUUCUGCCGACCACGGUCGAUAACCUGAAACCGAUCUACGUGGAAGGAUGGAACGACAGCAGGAGAUCGUUUGAAAAGCGUGAAGCUGUGACGCUCACUCCGCUGGAGCAUUACGAAUCCUAUACGGCUAGGGAUGUUCAUAUCGAAACGGAACCGCUUCAGGAAACGAAGAGCAGUGAGGAAGUCGAUGAGGAUGACUACUUUGAAGAAGGAGACGACAAUUACUGGCUGGAUGAGGAAGAAGAUAACACACUCCAAGAACUCCGCACGGAGAUGCCUCCGUCUAACUUGGAGUCUGAGAUGUCCCAGGGAUACGAUGCGGAAGGUUCGCGAUGGAUGACGUACAAAUCGUUGGAGCAUAUCGGUAAAGUGUAUGGCUCCGGAGGGCGGGAAUGUGUUCUGCGGAGCAUUUGCGAAGCUGCCAGUGCGGAGUUUACCCAUACGGGUGGCGUGUUCGCGGAGUUGUUGCACAUAAUUUUCACACCAUCCACCACUUCGGAACCGCUUUCGGAGCACAGUGACAACGAAUACUAUCGGGCGGAACAUCUGGGCAGGGAAGGUGCCCCAUGCCAUUUGGUGUUUCACGAGUGCCAAAAUUCGAUACUGGACGUGUUCACGGGAAUACACGAUCCGGCUACAAAUGCCUUGGUGAUGGCCCAUGACAAAGUGAUGAAAUCUUUUAUGAAAUAAAGUUAUGAAACUCGAAAA